GUUUUAGCUGAGUGGUACAGGGUUUUGACAGCUGUCAAACCAACUCGGCCAUUUUCGUGGCUACUUUUGAAGAAAGAAGAUCAAAGAAAGUAAUCUUGUUUCAAUUUAUUGUAAAAUUAGACAAUGCCAGCUUUGGACGAGAUUAAAUCCUCAUGGGCGGAUGAGGUUGAGUUGGAUUCCGGCUCAUUGCCGGCACCGACCGAGGUAAUCGAAAACAAUCAGAAAGUGGUCACCGAAUAUAAAUACAACAAGGAUGACAAAGUGGUAAAAGUAGUCCGAACUUACAAGAUCACUCGUUUAGUGGUCCCGAAGAGUGUGGCAAAGCGGAAGGCUUGGCAAAAGUUUGGCGAUUCGACUCAUGACAAGGCUGGACCGAAUCCGGGAACUACUAUGGUGUCGGAAGACAUCUACAUGCAGUUUGUGAGCAACAAGGAAGAGGAACAAAAACCGGACAAUGCAUUGGAUACGCUGAAGGUUGCCAAGUGUCGUAUUUGCGAGGGCGAACAUUGGUCGGUGCAGUGUCCUUACAAGGGAACUACGUAUGAGACUACCAAAACCAAGCCGCAACCAUCUGUUCAACCGGAAACAACAACCCAGCAUUCCGUUAAGAGUGGAAAGUACGUACCACCGAGUAUGCGCGAUAGUCAGAAGGUUGGUAUGGGCGCGAAUCCAAGAGGACGUGACGAUACGACCGCAAUCCGUAUAUCCAAUUUAUCGGAAGCUAUGACCGAAGCCGAUUUGGAGGAACUGGUGAAGAAGAUUGGUCCGCACAGCAAAAUGUUUUUAGCUCGGGACAAAAAUACCGGACUCUGUAAAGGUUUCGCCUACGUUCACUUCAAGUCCCGCCGCGAUGCUGCUACAGCUAUUGAGUUGCUCAACGGGCAUGGUUACGAUCAUUUGAUUCUGAACGUGGAAUGGUCCAAGCCGCAGAAUCCACAGUAGAGUAUUGGGGUAAAAUAUGUACGUUGGAAUAUUGUUUGGGGAAAAAAUAUGGUUGAAUAAAUGAGGAGAUAAAUGGUAA